UCUAUGGCGUAUUUUCUAUUAAUUUGUUUGUUACCCUUAUAUUUAGCUAAAAACUGCUUAACCUGAAAAUUGUCAUUAAAUAAAGAAGAAUUUGUGUUGAAAGUUGAGAACGAAACUCAAUGAAUAUUUUUACCCGGUAAGCAAUGUUUGCACCCUUCUGAUAAUAAGAAAUGGAUGAAAUAGAAUACAAACUUAAGAAGAAAAAUCCUAUUUUUGUAGUCAAUGCAAUUUCAAAUCUGGUUGAUAUAGUGCAAAGCAAAUCAGAAACAAGUCAAAUAACAGAGCUUCCUGAAUUAAAACUCCUUAAAGCUAAAUGUGAAGAUGAAAAUCCAUUUGUCAGCAUCACUGCCUGUCAGGGUCUGGUGACUCUUGUAGAGAAUGGAGUGUUGGGAGUGCUACCAACAUUGUCAAGUUUCAUUGCUGCCCUGCCAACUGUAAAGAAUCACUGUGGGCUAGUCCCUUCCAUCGGCAGUUUGUUGAUCUUGGAGUUGAGGGCCCAGCAUGCAAGCAACAACAAUUAUCGGUGCCCGUUCACGUUGCGAUCUCCGCAGCAUCCGUUCAUCAGUCUUCUUAAACAAGAAAGCUCUACGUGGCCGGACAUCUUCAGCCAGAUGAGCUUCGUGUUCAACCACAAGGAUGAACUUGUUGCCAACAACUGUGUUGAGCUGCUGAAACCAGUGCUGCUCUACCUGCUGUGUAAUCCCUCGCCAAACACUUCCUUCACCUCGGGCUGCGGGAAGCAGUUGUGGUCACUGCUUCUAAAGUUUUUUGACAAGCCUCAUGUACGGGAGUUCGUUGUCGAACUUUUGUGUUGGGUGCAGGUGGAGGACGAGGAGGGGCUGUCCGCGGUGGAGGACGUCGCCCGGGGGGCCCUGGGGAGGGCCGACGCGGAGCUGGCCGCAGCGCUGGCCCCGUGCCUGGCGGCCCUCGUCCGGCGGGCCGUGUCACGGGGUCGCGACCCCCGGCCCUGCCUCGACCUCGUCCCGGACCUGCUGGCCUGCGCCCCGGAGUCCGGCAGCUGCGUGCUCGUGCUGCUCUCCGAGGCCAUCGCCAAGUGCCCGGUCAUCUACCUGCACAGCCUCUUCCGAACAUGUGGCACGAUAGUGCAGAAGAAAACUUGCAAUGCAGUUUCUGUGAAGAUGCUGGUGUCAAACGCCCUGCAGUGGCUAAUACACCCCUCGUGCCUGACGGGAGAGGCUCUGCAGCUCGCCAGCGACCUGAUGCGCCUGGUGGAAGACUGCGUGUCCCAGGGCGGCCACACCGGCCGUCUGUGCGGCAACAAGGUGUUCUCGCACGUCAGGAACCUGGACCCGGCGGUCCACGCGGCGGCGGAGCUCUGCCGGCUGGCCGAGGCCUGGCAGGGGUCCCCCGAGCUGUUCCCGCCGUGGCUGGCGAGGGCGGGCCAGGCCCCGCCCCACUUCGUCCAGGGGCUGGUCGGACCGCUGUCGGCAGUGUUCCUGGGCGGCCUGAAGCAGGACGAUGCCGCCAGGGAGAGCUACAGGUUCCUGCUGCAGCUCGUCGCCCGGGACAACGAACUGGCCUCCGGCAUGCUGACGUUCGUACUCUACAAGCUGUCCGGCGAGACAGACCCGAGCAUGCAGCUCGAACUGCUCCGGGGCCUACCUGCUACUGCUGUGCAGAAGGAGAACGUGUCGCUGGUGCUGCACACGCUGGAGACGGUCAGGUCGAAGCCGAGCCUGAAGGUGGUGAUGGUGCACCUGUACCUGCGGCUGUGGCGGGCCGAGGGCCGCUGCUACCCCUACCUGCAGAAGCUGCUGCUGGAGCCGCCCCAGGAGGAGAAGGACGAGCGUAGCUGGGAGCUGGAGGUCGCCAAGGCGCUGGCCAUCAGGGAGAUAUGCAGGACCAGACCGGAACUUCACGGGGAGGAGCUGGUUUCCAUGCUGUCGCAGGUUCUGAACAGGUGCGGCGGUGUGUGGGGGGCCGCUCCUUCCUCCAUGGCCGUGGAGAGCAUCACGGCGCUGUGCGGGGCAGGGAUAGUCGACAUUGCAACCACGUGGAGGGCCCUGGCCCCGAAGCUGGCCAGGGACAAGAGACCCCUCGUGUGUGUCAGCCUAUGCAAGUUUUUUGGUUCCAUCCCAAGCAUCAGAGGCUCAGGCCCAGAGUUUGUGAAACUUGUGAGUGAAGCAGUGGCUAAGUUGUGGGCUUACGUGUCCACUAGCAACAGCCUGGAGGUCAUCGAGGCAGCACUCAAGGCAUUAUCAAAAUUUACCUUAGAAGAUUUGACCUUGAAGGGUUUACCAGAAUGUUACAGACGUGACUUAAAAUUGCCUAGCGCGUAUGCAAAAACUCCAGUUGACGCUGCUCGUAAACCUGAAGAUGUGCUGCCUUAUAUUCCAGGUGAGUGCUGGAUCCAGCUGCUGGAGAACGUGAAGGAAGAGGCCCUGGAUGUGGCCGGGGACACCCUAGCCUCGUGGCUGGCCGCGGAGCUGUCGGGCUACCACGGCGGCCUGUACCAGCUCUCGGGUCGCGGGGAGCCGAGCAGCUACGGCCACCUGCACCACCGCAGCGUGUGCCGGGCCAUCGUGGACCACCUGCGCCGGGACCCGGGCAGUGUCCCGGGCUCGCUGGCUCGCCAGUGCCUACGGGUCGUCGCUCGCACCUUCGUCAAGCCCCUGCCGCCCCUCGACUGGGGGUUCCUGCAGGAGUUCCUGCGGCGGGAGGGGGAAGUACGCCGGCUCGCACAGGUCCUCGCCGCCAAGCAGGCCAAGAUAUCACCCUCCGCCAGGAGGCUCAUGGAGAACCUGCUCACUUCCUUCCAACCAGCCAAAGAGAAUGAAGAAGAAAUUAAGAACCUCUUUGCAUAUCUGCCUGAUUUGUGCAAUGGUGUGCCCCCAAACCAUUUGAGGCCAUUCAUUGCAAAGUGUUUGGAGUUUGCUGUUCAUAAUGCUCUUUCUGAACAAGGUAAUGAUUCUAAUGAAGAAAAAUUUUUGAAGGAGUUGUUUUUGCACAUAAAAUCUACUCUUCAAAGAGAAGAUAUACACGAUGCUAACAAAACAGUACUGAUUUUGUUGCUUGAAGGACUGCUGGAAACAUUUGAUGCUGAUAACAAACUGUUCCCCACGUAUGUGGAGUGUGUGGCUGAAAUGCCAACCAAGUACUUGGAGCGCAUGACGUCGCCCUCUGUGUGGUGGGAGGUGACCCCCGCCAAGCUGCGUCAGUCCAUCGGCAUCCGCGGGGCGCUCGCUCAGCGGGCCGACUCGGAAGUGCCCCUCGUCUGGCUCAACGAAUGCAUUGACGCUGCAGCGGGUCUGCCAGGGGAGCAGUCAAAUGUGUUAAAGUGCAUUGCAAACGUGAUAUCGAACAGUCGUGAGCAUGACACUCAUUGCCGUUGGUCGCUGGAGCUCAUUGGACAGAUACAGGCAACCAUUACUAGCAAGACUGAUGCAGACAAUCAGCAGGCGGUCACGUUCCUGUGCGACGUGCUGCUCCUGGCCGUCGUCGUCAUGGCGGGCCACGACUGCCUGGUCCAGACCCUCGAGAGCGUGGCCUGCACCAGGGAGGUGCGGCUGCAGCUCUUCCCGCAGGCCCUGCGCGCCCUGCUGGCCACCAACCAGUGGGCGGAGAUCACCGACCAGGUGAUUGAAUGGUUGCACCAGAUGCAGACAAGUGAUACAGUCCCUUCUCAAUAUGCUGCUGCUUUCCGUAAAGCUAUCAUCACACUGCGCCACAAUAAAUAUUUCAAGAAAUCAUCUGUGUGGAUGAGAGUCAUCCCUGCUAGGAUGCCUGGUGGCCAGCAGUAACUAAAGCAGUUAGAAUUAUGUACGUACAAAUGCUUGUUUAAUGUGCCAAACAAAAUCUACGCAAAAAAAUAAUGGAUAAAGUUUAGCUGAACAUUAAUUAAAUAAAGUGAAGAAAAAAAGAUUUUUUUUUAAAUAGAAUUUCCAAUUGAAUCCGAAGUGAAUCUCAAAAUUAUUUUUGUCAGCCUUUAAAAUCAUUUAUACCUCUUCAAGUUCAUUCGUAGUGAAAAUAUUAUUUUAGCUGGUUAUAGAACUUCAAUAACUCUUUCUAAUUCACAGCAGGAAUUGACUUCCAGCUGUUACCAGUCUUAGAAUUCAACUCACUUUUUAAAAGAAUAUUUUAUUAUUUUCUGUUAUUCUCUUAUUUUAUGUUCCAAACAAACAUUUUAUUUUUUUGAAGAAACUACUACAGUUUAAGCAUUUAUAACACCAAAGAUAUUUAAACAGAAUACAAAUUUUCUGUUUGUUUGAUAUUCCAAAAACUAUGAUAUGAACAAUUUUUAGAUAUCAAUACAUGGAUUUAGAAAAUUAAACUGAAUAAUCUAAUACCAUUAAUAUCCAUAGAUAAAUAUUACCCGUUUAAAUUAUCUUACAUUUUAUAUAUGACUAAAGGUGCACAAGUGCUAUCCUCUGCAAUAUUACCAAUGAUUUGUAGAAUACUUCACUGUCAAUAGAAAUAGGAAAAAAAAACUUUCAGUGCACAAGUUAUGUAACUUAUACACUGCUUGAACCACCCCAUAUUUAAAUGUUUUCUAAUAGAAAAUACACCAUCUGAGCACUAAGUAAUAUUAAACAAAUUAAAUUAAAAUUUAAGUAAUUACCUGUGUGUGUGUAAUGUUACGAAUGUCUAGCUGGAGUUUUUUUUUUUUUAAAAAAACCUUUGUAUCUACACUCACAACCUCCGUGUGAGAAUGUUCUGUGUGUCACACUUUACUGUGUGAUAGGGUCUCUAUCUAUGCUGCAGAAUUUAAAGAAAGGUAUUUUUCUGUUUAAAUGACUAGCAGUUGUCAACAUCCAUGUAACCCUUCCUCUCAUCUUUCUGCGAGUGCUCUUGCUUUUCUCCCUCCUAGUAGAUUCUUGUGAGUGAAUAAGAUGUAAACAGUAUUUUAUUUUGUAACUUUUCUACCCUCGUAACAUGUCAGGUAACAAUUUUUUUUGAUUUUUUGAUUGCAAGUGGAUAAGCAAGUUUGUGCUACGUCCGAGUGACCACACGUUUUAAAUGAAGGUGCAACUUUAAUUUCAAA